AUGACGGAAACGAGGAAGUUUCCGAAACGUCAGUUCGAAUACAAGAUGGUCCAUGGAUUCGCCCUCUCUUCUUCUUCGUCUUCUUCGGGAGAUGAUGAACGCGAUACAAUGUCUGGACCUCGAAUCUUUACGCAUAUCGAUGUAUGCUAUGGGCGCACAGCCCUCCGCUCACCACGCAGAUGGGAGACCUUCGCGAAGCGGGAGUCCUCCACCUACGCUCAGCUGAAAUUCCUGCACAGGUGCCUUGAUGAGGACGUCCUACCGAAAUGCCUCAGAUAUAGACCGCCUGUGAACACUGACCUUUGCCGACGGACGAUGGCAGACUUCAAGAAGAAAAUGAUCAGGGUACUGAUACGAGACUGUCACGCCCGCAUCCACAAGUACCGCCAGAUGAUUGAACAUCAUUCGUCAACUUGCCAGUCGAUCUUUACGGCACACGAGAUAGGGAUCCUCAAAGCUGCAAUUCUCGACAGCGCUCGGCGUCAUCGCCAGUUGCGUGAUGACCAGUUGUCUGGAAAAUUUGAGAAAAUAAUUCCGCCAGAACAGCCCUCUGCUGACGGUGCCUUGGUUCACAACUUGUCCUCCCAUCAUUUCACUCAGCAACAACUAGCGGUUCUAUCCUAUGACGCGAAGUUCAGCACAAGAGAUGCUCAAACAGAAGACUUUAUUGCAUCCUUUGAAUCGGCGCUCCAGAAGUGUGAGCCAGGCGAGUAG